CUUCAAGCUUCAACCCUAAAAUUCUAGAUCUGUGAUUCUUGAGAGAUCUAGCUGGUGUUUCCUCUGAAAUUUUCUUAUAUGCUUGUAGAAAGGUUGGAGAAAGUAGUGAGGGGUUGUGGGUUGUGAAAUGAAAGAGAUCGAAUUGCUAGCUGCAAGGGCGUCUGGUUGGGUCGAAGCCGGGACGGGAAAGAGUCGUCUCCGGGAUUUCUUUUCUUCUUUGUUAACGAGUCUUGGAGGAGCGUUACUUCAGAUCACAGAAGAAGAAGACGAACAACAAGUUUCAGAUAUAAUGUCGUCUACAGUCUCUGAUCUUCCUCAUCAACGUGGAAUCGCAGGCGAAAUCAAAUCGAAGAAUGUUGCGGGACAUGGAAGACAAAACCGAAAAGUUCUUGGAGACAUUAGUAAUCUCGUCACUGGUCGUGAUAUUGUACCCGGAAAGGAUCUUAUGAAGAAGGUGAAACCGCAGACAAAAGCCGAGGCUGCGAGUGGACCGAAGGAUGCUGUGAUUAACAUUGAUGAUGUCGAUGCUAACAACGAACUGGCUGCUGUGGAAUAUGUAGAUGACAUCUUCAAGUUUUAUAGGACUGUAGAAGAGGAAGGAGGAAUCAAAGAGUAUAUAGGAUCACAGCCUGAGAUAAACGAGAAGAUGAGAUCGAUUCUGAUCGAUUGGCUUGUAGAUGUUCACAGGAAGUUUGAGUUGAUGCCAGAAACGCUUUACCUCACCAUUAACCUCGUUGAUCGGCGCUAUGCUUAUAUGCUUAUUCAAGGUAAGUCACUAUUCUCAUCUGACGAAGCGCUUCUCGCAGUGCCCUCUACUAAGAAACUCGUGGCCAAGUAUGCGAAUUCCAACGAAGAGUUCGAGAGGGCAUUUGUGAAAUCCAUGAUCAAGAUGAGUAGUAUCAGUGGGAAUGGUAAUGAGGUCAGACUUAAUUGCAGAAGGGUUCGCUAGAAUCACAAUCUACGCUUCCAACAUCGAGUUACUACAUUUAUGUCUUUCAAUUUCUCUCGUCACAUUGAUUACUUGUGUGAAUGGGCCUUUUUUAAUGAUUAAGGCAGAGGUCCUUGUAUCAUAAUUAUUUAUCAUUCUCUCGUGUGUGCUUGUAUAGGCAUUUGUUUUACAAGUAAUAAAAUAUUUUCUUUUUU